AUGGACGCACAAAAAUCAAAAUCAAGUUCCACGACAAGGAAGCAUGGUAAUCAACCGCGACAACGCAUGGUUCAAAACUACCUCUUAGUUUGGGUGAAUGCCAACAUCGAUGAAAAGGACCAAGACUGUCGGAACACUUUGACUCACUUACAAAGUGUUGUCAAUGAUGUCAAUAUAUACACUCAACCAGAUGCUUGCGUUCAAUUCCUCAACAGCAUUGGUGACGAAAAAGCUUUCGUCAUCACAUCGGGAUCCUUAGGUCAACACUUGGUGCCCGAGAUUCACGGCAUUCCACAAGUGAGUGCCAUCUACAUCUUCUGUGACAACAAAUCCAAACAUGAAACCUGGACAAAGAACUGGUCAAAAAUUAAAGGUGUUCACACAAAUAUUGAAGGAAUCUGUGAAGCGCUGACCACGGGUGUUAAACAACAUAAUCAAGACUCCAUCGCCAUGAGUUUAGUUCCCGUAAUAGGAGAGGGUUCCAAUGUCAAUCUCAAUCAACUGGAACCCAGUUUUAUGUACACACAAAUAUUUAGGAAGAUUCUCCUUAACAUGGAGCAUGACAAGCAAGCAAUCAAAGACCUGGCUGAUUAUUGUCGUCAGCGUUUUCAAGGCAACAAAGAAGAGCAAAGGGUUAUCGAUGAGUUUGAAGGUGAAUAUCGUCCGGAUAAGGCCAUUUGGUGGUAUACACGUGAGUGUUUUACUUACAAAAUGCUCAAUCAAGCACUUCGCACUUUGGAUGGCGAAGUCAUUAUUAACAUGGGAUUCUUUCUUCAUGAUCUACAAAAACAAAUACAACAACUACACCAAGAACAGGUCAGUAAUUACCGAGGAAAACCUUUCGUAGUCUACCGUGGACAGGGACUAUGUAAGAAAGAUUUUGACCAGCUAUCAAAAACUGUAGCUGGUCUUUUAUCGUUCGCCAACUUCUUAUCCACCAGUAUCAAACAAGAGAAAUCUCUUGAGUUUACCUACAGCGCUCAAGGUGAUCCCGACAAGGUGGGUGUUCUGUUUGUGAUCACAAUUGAUCCGAAUAUUGGUACUACUCCAUUCGCAUCGAUUGGGGAUGUUAGUUACUACAAAGACGACGCUGAGCUCCUGUUCUCCAGGCACAGCGUAUUUCGAGUCGGUACAAUUCGACAAGUGGCUGACAAGAAUAAACUUUAUCAUGAGGUGCAACUUCAGUUGCCUGCUGAUAAUGAUCCACAACUCCGUGUGUUAACAGACCGGAUUGAAAGUGAAGUUAAAGGUGAUACAGGAUGGCAACGUUUGGGUCGAUUAUUGCUUAAACUCGGGCAGUUGGAUAAAGCAGAAGAACUGUACACUGUGCUACUGGGACAAGCGUCUGACAAGAGUGACAGAGCACUCUAUUAUCAUCAACUUGGCUUGCUGAAAAGUCGACAAGGCGAUUAUAAAAUGGCUAUAGAAUACUAUGAAAAAGCACUAGAAAUCCAAGAAAAAACUCUUCCUUCGAAUCACCCUUCGUUGGCUACUUCGUACAACGACGUCGGUGCGGUGUACAUGAACAUGGGAGAGUAUUCGAAAGCACUUCCAUUCUAUGAAAAAACACUCGAAACUAGAGAAACAAUUUUACCUUCGAAUCACCCCGAUUUGGCUCACUCGUACAACGACGUCGGUGCGGUGUACCACAGAAUAGAAGAGUAUUCGAAAGCACUUUCGUUCUAUGAAAAAGCACUUGAAAUCUACCAGAACACUCUUCCUUCGAAUCACCCUGAUUUGGCUCAAUCGUACAACACCAUCGGUGGGGUGUACAUGAACAUGGGAGAGUAUUCGAAAGCACUUUUAUUCUAUGAAAAAGCACUUGAAAUCUACCAGAACACUCUUCCUACGAAUCACCCUGAUUUGGCUCAAUCGUACAACGACGUCGGUUUGGUGCAUGACAACAUGGGAGAGUAUUCGAAAGCACUUUCAUUCCUUGAAAAAGCACUUAAAAUUAGAGAAAAAACUCUUCCUUCGAAUCACCCUAGUUUGGCUCACUCGUACAACAACAUCGGUGGGGUGUACAUGAACAUGGGAGAGUACUCAAAAGCACUUUCAUUCCUUGAAAAAGUACUUGAAAUCUACCAAAAGGCUCUUCCUUCGAAUCACCCUGAUUUUCCUCAAUCGUACAACAACAUCGGUGGGGUGCACAAGAACAUGGGAGAGUAUUCAAAAGCACUUUCGUUCUACGCAAAAGCACUCGAAAUUAGAGAAAAAACUCUUCCUUCAAAUCACCCUCAUUUGGCUACUUCGUACAACAACGUCGGUGGGGUGUACUACGACGUGGGAGAGUAUUCGAAAGCACUUUCAUUCUACGAAAAAGCACUUGAAAUUAGAGAAAAAACUCUUCCUUCGAAUCACCCUGACUUGGCUCAAUCCUACAACAACAUCGGCGCAGUGUACUACGACGUGGGAGAGUAUUCGAAAGCACUUUCACUCUAUGAAGAAGCGCUCGAAAUUAGAGGGAAAACUCUUGCCUCGAAUCACCCUGAUUUGGCUCAAUCGUGCAACAACAUCGGUGGGGUGUACAAGAACAUGGGAGAAUAUUCGAAAGCACUUUCAUCCCUUGAAAAAGCACUGGAAAUCUACCAAAAAACUCUUCCUUCGAAUCACCCUUUAUUGGCUACUUCGUACAACAACAUCGGUGCGGUGUACUACGACAUGGGAGAGUAUUCGAAAGCACUUUCAUUCUAUGAAAAAGAUCUUGGAAUAUGCGAGAAAACUCUCCCUUCGAAUCACCCUGAUUUGGCUACUUCGUACAACAACAUCGGUGGGGUGUACUACAACAAGGGAGAGUAUUCGAAAGCACUUUCAUUCUAUGAAAAAGCACUUGACAUUAGAGAAAAAACUCUUCCUUCGAAUCACCCUCAUUUGGCUACUUCGUACAGCUGCAUCGGUUUGGUGUACAAGAACAUGGGAGAGUAUUCGAAAGCACUUUCAUUCUAUGAAAAAGCACUUAAAAUUAGAGAAAAAACUCUUUCUUCGAAUCACCCUGAUUUGGCUCAAUCGUACAACGACGUCGGUUUGAUGUACAUGAACAUGGGAGAGUAUUCGAAAGCACUUUCAUUCCUUGAAAAAGCACUUAAAAUUAGAGAAAAAACUCUUUCUUCGAAUCACCCUGAUUUGGAUCAAUCGUACAACAACAUCGGUGCGGUGUACUAUAGGAUGGGAGAGUAUUCAAAAGCACUUUCAUUCUAUGAAAUAGCACUUGAAAUCUACCAAAAAACUCUUCCUUCGAAUCACCCUUGCGUGGCUACUUCGUACAACAACGUCGGUGCGGUGUAUGGCAGCGUGGGAGAAUAUUCGAAAGCACUUUCAUUCUAUGAAAAAGCACUUGAUAUUAGAGGGGAAACUCUUCCGUCGAAUCACCCUUUAUUGGCUACUUCGUACAACAACAUGGGUUUGGUGUACAAGAACAUGGGAGAGUAUUCAAAAGCACUUUCAUUCUAUGAAAAAGCGCUUGAAAUACAGGUAGAAGCUCUUCCUUCGAAUCACCCUGAUUUGGCUACUUCGUACAGCAACAUCGGUUUGGUGUACAAGAAUAUGGGAGAGUGUUCGAAAGCACUUUCAUUCUAUGAAAAAGCACUGGAAAUCUACCAAAAAACUCUCCCUUCGAAUCACCCUUCGUUGGCUACUUUGUACAACAACAUCGGUGGUGUGUACAAGAACAUGGGAGAGUAUUCGAAAGCACUUUCAUUCUAUGAAAAAGGACUUGAAAUUAGAGAAAAAACUCUUCCUUCGAAUCACCCUUCGUUGGCUAGUUCGUACGGCAACAUGGGUGGGAUGUACUAUAACACUAAGGACUAUUGGAAAGCACUUACCUGCUUCGAACGCGCUCUGGACAUUCGUCAACGUGCAUUACCGGCGAAUCACCCUCAUAUAAAAGACGUAAAAGAAAGUAUCGAAAUUUGUAAAAGAGCGAUGAAGAAAUAA